AUGGACACUUCGCAGUUCCUGCGUACCAAAGGCCCCACUCUUUACGGACAGCCAGAGGUCGAUCCUUACUCCAGCGGGGAUGAUCUCCCCGGACAAGCAGAGGAGAGAGACGAGAUUACCACACCCACCGGUGAGGAAGAUAUCCCCAGAGGGUUCGGCCCCUAUGAUUUUCCCACGGCUCUCGCUAAUUUCCCCGUUGCUGGAGGGCGCCCCCCGGGGGAGAAGUCCUCGCCGGGGAAGAGAGAGGGAGGGGAGGAUGGACACGAUAUCAGGGCUGCCUCGCAUGCAGCAGCUGUGGUCACCGUUUUUAGGCAAUGCUUUGCUUGCUCUAGGUCCCAUGGUAAGGGAACGGCUCGACCUGAUAUGCCACUACCACCACUGCCGACAGAGACCAGGUCAGCCGGAGGUAGAAUGGACAUGCCCCUCCCCCCUCUCCCACCCCCUUCUUCCUCCUCUCCCCCCGUUCCCCAACGCUCCCCUCCCACCGCUCCCGCUUCAUCCUCCUCCACCUCGCAGGAUGCACUCUCCAACAGCUACCCUCCUCUCCCUCCCCGUUAUGCCAGGGCUAACGGAGGGUCCUCCCCCGUCCCUCCACAACAGCCGCCACAGCAGCAGGUUCCCCCGGAACCCACCACGAGGGGGGCACCACCCCCCUCGUCAAACCCGCCAGCCCAGCGUGGGCAAUGUCGAGAGGACUCCAUCAUGGAUCUGGUCACCUUGGGCUACUCGCGAAGCGACGUGGUCCGCGCCCUCUCAAUCGCCAGAAACGACUUCCACAUUGCCAAGGGAAUCCUUAUGGAGUUUGGCGGCCGCAUCUAA